AGAAGAUAGUUAUAUACACUUAGGAUGGCUUGAGGGUGAGUAAAUCAUGGGAUAAUUUUCAUUUUUGAUUGAACUAUCCCUUUAAGCCUUUAGCAUUUCUGAUUAUUAAAAGAAACAAAAUACAAAGCAAAACACUUUUUACAUUUAUUUUUAAACAUCUCAGUUUUGCACAGCUUAAUGUAACAGCAGAAUGUUCAAUCAAAACAGUCUCUGAAUCAUAUUUUAUAGAAUUAGGCAUUUCUGAUUUGAUUUGUAUUGAUUAAAAAAUGAAUUAAAUUUGAAAAUGAUAAAACAGAUGUUCUGAUAUUCAUUCAUCUCUAGCACACAUACUUAAUUCAAUACAGCAUUAACUAAAAAGACAUAAAAUUAGACAGAUUGGUGUAUGGGCAAGAUUUAUUUGACAGAUGAUAGGGAGCAUUAUUGUAAUAAAUUUAUGACUUACAUAUUUAAGUGUAAGAGUAAGUUCACAUUCUUCUGGCUAAGAGGACAGCUUUCACUCACACAUAUGCAUGUAUAAUUUAUUACUCAUCAUAUAUUUACAAUAUUAAAAUUCAUGAGCCCAGUUUUGCAGAAACUCAGUGCAGCUGUUACAACACACUUUUCUUUUUUUCUCUCUCUUCCUUCUUAUUCUUUUUCUUGAAAUCUUGCCAGAAUGUUUAGCUUUUUGAACAUCACAGUAGUUCAAAGGUUAGUGUGAGGCACUGUGGAGGGUGUUAAUGUUUAUUUCUGUCCUUUAAAAAAGUAACAAUUUUUCUGAAAUCACAUAUAUAUGAUAAUCCAACACAUCAUGUGUCUAACGUUCGUUAGUUUAGAUAUUAGUCACUCAUGAAAUUGAUUUUUGGAACCUGAUUGAUGAUUCACUGAUUUGUUUUUGUUAAUGUUUGUGUGGCUGUGAGAUAUACUGUAUGUAAAAACACACCAAAAUAGAUCUACAAUUACAGUGACAUUACCGGCAAAGGGCGAUCGAAGGCAAGCUGUAAUGAACAAAUCUUGGGUUUUGAAAUGUUAAAGUCAUAUUUGUGAUUCUAAUUUGAAAACUGAAAGAGCAGCUGAAUGAAUCAUUUUAUAUCUGUUAAUGGAGGGGGAUGUGAAAAAUGAAGAAGACCUAGCAUGCAAAAAUGUGUAUGUCAUGCAUAAUUCAAAUAAAAAUAAUUUUAAGCAGAAAUCGAGACUCAUCAGACCAGGCAACAUUUUCCCAAUCUUCUAUUGUCCAAUUUUGGUGAGCCUGUGGGAAUUGUAGUUUUUAAAAGAAGUCUCUAAUGCUCACCAAGGCUGCAUUUAUUUAUUUAUAUGGUACAUGGGGAACAGGACUGUAAAAUAGUGCUACCAAAGUAUUUCAAUGCCUUUGCAAGCCUCAAAAAACUAUUUAGGUAAUCUGUUUCUGUCAUUCAGGGAUAUGCGCAUCCUGUCAGAGAGUCCUGUGUGCAGUUUUCAUACACUCCAGAGUACACUAGUAAAUGUUCCACCAAAUUGUGAUACAAUAAGUUAAGUAACAAUAAGUAAUACAUGAUGCUUUCCAAAAAAGCUGUAACUUCAUUGUUGUGAUAGAGCUAGAGCCAGGACUGUAAUUGUGGCAAGGGUUACGUAGAGCUGGGAGUCUUCAGCUGUUACAUAGUUACUUUAAUCGGUAAGCCUUCAAAGGUGGUAAAUGCGGACCUGAAGAAUGAACAGCUGUAGCAGGGCCCCUUACAGUCUAUGAAGCAAAACCAGGCCCCUUACAGUGGCUUUGAGGAUCACAACUGAAGAUCAUGGACGUCUCGAGUCCCAGAACUGACGCUUUGUCAAUGGAGCCCAGUGCCAAGCUGUUUUGCUGUGGUUUUGUAAGGCGUUGCAUCCCUCUGGUAUACAGAGAAGAGCUCUACCACAUCCUGCGCAUGACUGGACCCCUGCUUGUGUGCCGGUUCCUGAAUUUCCUCCUUUUCUUUGUGGUGACAAUGUUCUGUGGACGUCUGGGGAACACUGUCCUAGCGGGCUACGCCAUGGCUUCAGCUACUAUAAAUGUAACAGCUGCAGCGACGGGGUUAGGACUGGCUUUGGCAUGCGACACUUUGGUAUCACAGACAUUCGGGAGUAAGAACCUUCUCCAUGUAGGCGUCAUCCUGCAGAGAGGCAUCCUAAUUCUGACGCUCUUCAGUUUGCCUUGUUGGGCUUUGCUUUUGAACACCCAGCCCCUCCUUCUCUAUCUGGGACAGGACCCCGAGGUGGCCAGGAUUGCACAACUCUAUGUGGUUGCAUAUUUGCCUGCAAUUCCGGCCAUGUUUCUGUAUCAGCUGCAACUGUCAUAUCUUCAGAACCAGGGAGUGAUCAAGCCUCAGAUGUAUGCAUCUGCAGUUGCCAAUAUUGCCAAUGUGAUAGUGAACUACUUUCUGCUGUACUGGUGGGAUUUUGGAGUUUAUGGGUCUGCUGCUGCAAACACCUUUGCUCAGGUUUUUAAUUGUUUUGCCCUGUUUUGUUUCAUUCGCUGGCAGAGGCUCCAUGAAAAAACUUGGGGAGGGUGGUCUUCUGAGGCCCUGCAGGAAUGGGGUUCCUACAUGAAGCUGGCCAUCCCCAGCACACUGAUGAUCUGUUUUGAAUGGUGGAUCUAUGAAGUUGGAGGCUUCCUGGCAGGAAUGCUGAGUGAGGUGGACCUGGCUGCUCAACACGUGGUUAUAAUGCUGGCAUACAUCAACUACAUGAUCCCAUUAGGAAUGCAAGGAGCAGCAUGUGUUCGUGUGGGAAACGCACUUGGCGCUGGGGAAACAGCUGCUGCCAUCCUUACCAGCAAGGUGUCCCUCAUUAGUUCAGCUGUUAUAGCAAUCAUCCAAGGUUUUAUCCUGGCCUCAACAAAAACAGUCAUUGGCUUCAUAUUCACUUCAGAUGAGACUAUAGCAGAGCUUGUGUCUCAGCUACUGAACAUCUACUGCCCUCUUCAGUUCUUUAAUGGAAUAUUGUGUGUUGGCAUGGGCGUUCUCCUUGGCACAGGGCAGCAGAAGAUAGCUGCUAUUGCUAACCUAUUUGGCUACUACUGCAUUGGACUCCCAUCGAGCAUUGUUCUGAUGUUCACGGCCAAGUUACAAGUUGCUGGCUUUUGGCUGGGCCUCCUCAUUGCGGUCUUUUUACUAGCGAUUUUUUUCGUCGUGGCCAUUUUCAAAUUAAACUGGAAGAAAAUGACAGAAGAGGCAAUUGAGCGUACAGGAAAGAGUGCAAAUGGAGCAGCAAAUGGAGCAAUGACCCCUGAGUUUUGUACAAACCAUCGCAACAGCUUCUACCAGGUGGUCCUAAAUACAGAGAAUGGGAAUGGAUACAUGGUUGUAAGCUCUCACGAUCAGGACGAGGGGCUCAACAGUACUGUGGUACAUGAGGGGCCAAACGUGACUCAAGUGGAUGAAAAGCCCGUAGCUCUGCUCUCUACCUCUCAGCUGAUCCUCAGGAGGGGUCUGACCACCCUCGCUGCUCUUCUCAUCCUAGCUGUAGGGAUAGCCAUCCAUCUCAUUGUGCCUUUACCUGAGAUAUCUUAUCGUGCGGGUGCAAAUUCUACUUUGGUCUCAAACUUUACCACAGCCACUCCCAUCUAUUCAACCAGUAUCAUUUGAAACCAGGACCUCAGAUAGAUUCACUGUGAACAUUUUAUAUCUGUAUGCUGUGAGAGGCAACAAAGAAAUUUAAUUGAAUUAGAAAAAUAGAGGCAUUUUUACAGUGGUCCGGGGCUGUAUAUUGUAGACCUAGACAGAUGAUCAUAUUUUUAUUCUGAGUGCAUUUGCUUUGUCCACAUCAUUAGGCCAAAUAGUAAGAAAAUUGACCGGCUUAGCAGAAAAAAAGGUCUGUUCCCCAGUGACAAAGUCAUAUAAUCUCUUCAGUUGACAUUUCUAGUCAGGUGGCUGCUGGAAAUACUGCCAAAAAGAAGAUAUUCUACAAAGCCGCUGUCAAAUGCUGCAUUAAUAAACAUGGCGGAACUGUGGGAACUUGAAGCAAAUGCCAAUUGCAUGUGGCACCAUAGGAAUUCCUACCUAACACCGUGUUUACAACUGCUUGAGGGGCCGUUCACACAGAAUGUGCUUUUUUAUUUUUAAAAUGUGAGUUGCAGGGCAGUGGAAUGAAAUAAAAAAAAAUGGCCUAGACAUGCGUCUAUAAGAAUUUUUCUUUUAACUUGAGCGCCGCAUUUUUAGCCAUGUCGUGCGCAAACUGCUGCAAAGGCCGUUUACAAAUAAUGUGUUUUUGCAUUCCACCGCGUUACUUUUCAGUUGCUUUCUAUGUAAACAUGUGACGUUUCGACAUGGCGUUCUAAAAAUGCAGCGAUUAAAGGUGCAAUAUGUAAGAAUUUUGCAGUAAAAUAUCCAAAAACCACUAGGCCAGUGUUAUAUAUUUUGUUCUCUUGAGUACUUAAAAUAUCCCAAAUGUUUGCAACUAUUUGUAAAUCGUGAGAAAAUUGCAAUUUUAACCAAGGCUCCGGGACAUGUGAGGAGUCGCCUGUCAAUUGUGUCAUACCCGCGUUACCCCUCGGUUUCCGUUUUAUUUUGUAGAAACCAUGAAAACACCAAAGACACUUUAAUAUUUACAUGUUUUAAUAGGCAAGGGAACAACUAUUUUGUGAAGUAGCUAACAUAGCAUAAUCAGAUGCAGCUUUAUUUUUAGUAACAGUAAUACAGAAUUUUCUCCAUCAUACAAUACGUUUUAAAAUUAAUUGCAUGCCAUUUAUCAACACAAGCCAUCCAGCAUUUAAUAUGAUAUUCUAAAAUCGAUCUAUCUUACUGCAGUGUGAAACAAGUGUCUCACAGCAGCCACUGAGCGAACGCACAGAGUAACAUUAUAACACCAUUUUCAACACACUCAAAUGUAUCUAAUAUGAUAAACAGAGCUGCGUUACCUCAUACUCGUGACUGGAAAAGCAGAAGCUGCGCCGGCGACUGUGGUAUAAUAAAAGUUCUGCUCGCGGCGUGUUGCGCAAUCGCUCCAGCGGCCUCGUUCAGCUCCCACAACACUCGACCUGCUCUGCUUCAUACUACAGUGACGUUAAUAAUCGCAUCCAUAAACAUGAUUUCUUCCCGAGUCCUAUACCAAUUCUUUUCCACCGGCCUUUGAGGUGAAGACCACAUGUCUCAAGAUUCCACGCUCAAACUUGGCAUCAUCAAGCUACGCUUUUGUUUUGAAUAGGCUUCUAGCGACCUCUAGCGGACAGAAAAUAUUACAUAUUGCACCUUUAAGUUUAAAAAAAAAAUCUCUAGACUUUGCCUGUAGUGAGCAGUGGAAUGGACAAAAAAGCAAGGUCUCAAGAACUUCUUUUAACUUGAACGCUGCAUUUUUAGAACACAGUGUAGUGUGCUACAGGCUGCAAAAGAUGUGAGAUGCGAACACAACAGUCAAAGACAUUUGUCUAGCGCAAGUUUCAUAGAAGAACAAAGAAAUGCAGCACAGUGGAAUACAAAAAUGUGUUCUUUGUGAAUAACCUUUUACACUGCCCUGCAUCCUGCGUUUUCAAACGCAAAAACAAAUUCUGCGUAAAUGACCCUGUAACAAUGUUAAAGGCUCAGGGAAAAACGAGCUGGGAACCGGUGAACAGUAAACGUAACUUUAAUCACAAAAUAAACAAACGAAAGUAAAGUGGCAGCCCCUUACGGACGACUGCCGCAUAAACUAAAAUAAAGCUCUAACAUAAAGUCCAGGCCUGAAAUCUUCUCUUCUGUGUCAUUCUCAUACGUUGUUUACAUACAGCGCUCCCAGGUUCUACAUCAGAACGCUGACUUGCCCGGCUUCUGCGUCAGCAUCACACGCACGCAUCGUGCUGCUCACAUGAUCAGCUUUGGCCAAUACUGAGCCGGCAUUCGGACAUGAACACGGAAGCCCUUCACUGUGCUUACUGCGUCAACUGCGGAAGGAUAAUGACAGGGAAGAGAAGAGAUUGUUGAAUAAAGUCGUUAUUUUUGUUUGUUUUUUGCGCACAAAAAUUUCAUAAAAUUUAGGUUGAACCACUGCAGUCAUGUUUACUGUUUUAACGAUGUCUUUAGUACCUUUCUGGACCUUGAAAGUGUUGAUUACAUUGCCGUCUAUGGACUAGUCAGAUACCUCUCGGAUUUCAUCAAAAAUAUCUUAAUUUGUGUUCUGAAGAUGAACAAAGGUCUUACGGGUGUGGAAAGACAUGAGGGUGAGUAAUUAAUGACAGAAUUUUCAUUUUGGGGUGAACUAACCCUUUAACACUUGCACCACCAGCCUCUCUCCAUUCCCACUGCUCUCGGCCUGCCCUGCUUGCCACAGACAUCUAAAAAGUUUUCUACACUGGACACGUCAAAAGUGAACAUUCCAAAUACAUUCGUACUGUUGUUGCAAGUAGCACGACCAUGUUGAGUAAUGUGCGUCAAAAAAAAAAAGGGGGUGGGGGCAUUUAUUGUCAGUGACUCGUUGUGUCACACUGCAUACAGUGUAGAAAAAAUCACUGAUUAUAAUGGUUUCUAUUUGCUUUUGACACUGCUCGUGUCUGCUGUAGACAUAGUGUAAGACAUUGCUUACAUAUGACUUUUUAAAGGUUACAGUAAAUGUUCACUGGUAACUAGUGAAAUGACAAUGUGCUAGCUCCAUCUGGUUAAGGUCAUCCAUUAUAUAUGGUUGGACAUCCGUUACGUAUCUUUUCACUUUCUAUUAAGACAAUCAAUGAAUACAAAAUUGUUUUUUUUUAGCUUUCUUCUAUUGACAUAUGACUGAUAUAUUCGGUAAGUUUUUGAUUUAUUUGUACUGUAAAUCAUUUUUAUUUUUAAAUUUAAGUGGUUUUGUGCAUAAACAAUAUGCAUCACUUAUAUGUACUAUUUUUUUUUAAUCUACUUUUAUCUUUAAUUUUUUCUCCAUCCAAAAUACUAAUGCUGCUUCCUUAAUACGCCUACAAAUAUUUAAAUAUAUUCAUUGUGAUAUGUCCAUCCAGAGCUUUGCGGUCAUAUUGUUUGUUGCUAACUUGUUAUAUGUAAAUGUUUGAUGCACCUAUAGGCCAUUGGGAUUAACACAUAAUAGUAAUUUUGCUGGUUAAACAGUUUGAUGUGACUGUGACUCUGGGCUGUUUUUAGAUGGUGUUAGAUGAGUGUCAUGUAUGGAAGGGUAAUUCAGCAUUCAGACAUUACAAAUAUAAAAAAAGCACAUGAUUUUUAUGCCCUGUUUUGGGCAGUGUUUUAGCACACACCCCAUCUGCAUAAUUGUUUAUUGUAAAAAGAUAAUCUAAAAUUAGAAUUAGUUUCUAAUUUAAAACAGCUGCAAAAAUUGCACAGUUGAUUCAGAGCAGCUUAUCAAAAUUAAAUCCCUGGUUCAAUAAAUCACUAUCCCAUUA